AUGAAUCUAACUGAGUCAUCUUCUCUACCCGCGUUAAUUCGCUUGAAAAUGCAAUACAUGUAUGAUUGCAAUCAUUGCUACAUCGAUGAUGACAUUCCGAAUUAGGACAAGACUCUCCAUCCAAUUGAAAUCCGAUCGUGCUACUAGCGUGUACGCUUCCUUGGGCUAUCUUCUGGAGCAUAUACAUAGAAACGCGUGGAGCUAUAAUCAUACGGCGGCAGAUACUACACAUUACACACAGCCCGCAUCUACUGGGCUUUUCGAAACCUCGAUCAUUGCGCCGAGAACAACGGACUACCGAUUGAAAGCCUUUCGCUGUUGGCGCGUCUCUUCAACCGGCACUGACCGCCGACCGGCGGCAGGGUCGACACUAGACACGUGUGCCUCGGGUGUGCGUGUGUAUUCGACGUACGUACGUGUGAAUCGAUGAGUGCGCGUGCACGCCAGACGUCG